AGCAUCAUUGUGUACGCGCGGUAAUCCAGCCGAGCGUUACCUACUCGUAGUAAGAAGUAAGGGGCGAUUAGCACUUCCCGCUCCCUCGGGGUGAUCGCGUGACGUCACCCAUUCAGGCGACGGACAAAGGGCGAGGCCGCAGACACGGGCGCAUGCGUUCAGGCACGCCAGACGACUGACGCUAGACAUGGGGCUAUCGAUUCAAACCCGGAUCUCUUUACCCCAGUUUCUCUGCCAACCAACUACACUUCAUAGUCACUCACAGUCAAAUCAUGUGGUACCUACUAGUUGGGCGGAUUGAUUAUUUGCACACAGUUUCAGGCCCAACAGGCUCUUGCAGUAACAGCUACUGGGAAAAGAGUCGGUGAUUUAGAUCCGACCCGCGUGUCCCAUCCCUACGCUAUACAGGGGUGGCCACUAAUAUAAUGUGCCUACGUUUUCUCGGUAACCGCGGCCCUUAGACCGCAACCAAACCAAGAUAGUGCCUUAUAAAGUGAUAAAACACAAAACUAGUGAGAUGGAAGCGUAGCGACAGGCCACGAGCACGCUGCCGGAGUGCUCAACAAUUCUACGCCCCGGAAGAGAGCGAUUUCAACACGCACCCGGGGCCAAGCCACUACAGGCGAAGGGGCCUCCCCCCGGGGCCCCUUCGCCUCUCCGACUCCAGCAUGGUGGGCUCCCACGCCAACCUCACCGAACACGAGAGGAAGGUCAUCAUCGAGUUCUGCCAUCUGCUCGAGAAGUCCAAGCAACUGUUCAAUGGACUCAGGGAUCUCCCCCAGUAUGGGCACAAGCAAUGGUACGCCCAUUUCGGGAGGACAUUCGAUGUGUACACCAAGAUAUGGAAGUAUCAGCAACAACACCGGGAGACGCUGGAUAUGAAGUAUGGCCUAAAACGUUGGCAGAUCGGGGAAAUCGCUUCCAAAAUCGGGCAACUCUACUACCACUUCUACUUGCGGACUAGCGAGACGGCUUAUUUGAACGAGGCAUACUCUUUCUACUACGCUAUACGCGGUCGCUCUUACUAUACAAAAGCCGUCAAGGAAGACAGAUCCGACUUGAUGGUCAAAAAGUUGAGAUAUUAUGCUAGAUUUAUAGUAGUAUGCCUGCUACUUAAGAAGAUGAAGUUAGUGAGGGAGUUAAUUAAGGAACUAGUUAACCAGAUAGUUGAUUAUGGGAACACUUAUGACCCGGAGGACCAGAUGGAGUGGUCGGUGGUGGUCGAUGAGGUCAAGUCGUUCGUGAAGGCCGAGCCAGCUGUCAUGGUGCUCACUGACGACAACUUCCCCGUCACCCUCAGCCACAGGUUAACCGCUCUGACGUCGGCCCCGGUCGAGCGGUCCCACCUGAUGACCCUCACUCUGGAGGAGAUAGUGAUCAUCGGCAGCCGCUCCGAGCAGGUCAAGUUCUCCGAGCUCACCAUGGACAUGUUCAGGAUCCUGCAGACCCUGGAACGUGAGUCUCGUGAAGAUUUCCUGCCCACCUAUGAUGGGUCUCCGCGCGCUCGCGGCUACCCUUCCACCCCGGGUGCCCCCGCUGCCCGAGGUUAUCUGGACUACACUAACAACCGCGAGAACCCGCACAAGUACCUGCUGUUCAAGCCGUCUCUCCACCAAGUGCUGGUGUACCUCAGCAGUGGAUGCAAGGACCUUCCACAUAAUGGAGCGCUGCUGCUCUACAUUUCUGCUGAUGGCCACUUCGGGACUACCAGCAAACAUGCUGAUGACAUCGGCUACGACUACGGUGGCGUUGUCACCUGCUCUGCUAGGUCUGAGACCGGCCACCGUGAUCGGGACCUCCAACGGGAGGGGAAACCGUCCCCUAAAGCCAAGGAGAUCUCAUGCCUGCACCCCGGUGACCUUUACCCCUUCACCCGUCGCCCCCUGAUGAUCAUUGUUGACUCUGAAAACUCCUACGUCUUCCAGAAUAUUCCGAUGCACUUCGGCCAGCCGUUGGUGAUCUUGAUGUCACCGGUUGAACUUCCUUCCCCUCUCCAAGACCUGAACCGUUCAGGCUCGCUGUUCACGCUCUUCCUCCACUCGCCCCUGUCUGCCUUCUGCCUGACGUGCGAGAUCACCACGGUGUCCACGGUGGAGUGGGACCGCGGCCAGACCAUCAUCGAGCGCUUCAACGCCGACGCUUCCCGGCUGCUCACCAGGUCCCGAAGCUCAGGUGAGUUAGAGAAGUCAGAACUUAUUGACCCGCUCUUCAUCGCUUUCAUGGGCGAUGAGUUCUUCCGCCUGCUCCUGGUCCGCUACGUCUUCUGCGAGGUGACUCUGCGCAUGCACCGCGCGUUCCGUGGCCGCACCCACCUGCCUCGGUCCUUCCCGCCGCUGCCUGAGGCGGAGCUGCUGGACCAGCCCGCUCUGAUGCAUGCCAUAUGGGAUCUGAGCGCCCUGUUUGAUGUUCGCGGCACCUUCCCCGACACCGCCCCCGCGCCCGCAGCCCCCGCCCCCUCCACCAGCGGCGCCACCGGGCCCGUCCCAUCCAAGGAAUGAUCGAGCAAAAAAGGAUCUGUGAGAUUCGCCAAGGAUUCCUAGAGCGACACAGCUCCCAUACCGCUUGCGAUACUCACACUCCAAAGCUUUGUAAACGCAAAAUACACACGCAACCUGCCACUUAAGUACCCGUUGUGAAGUUAGCCACUGACAACUAACUUUGUGUGUCUGUUAGUAACUUCUAAACUUCUUGACAAACUGAAACUUUAUUGUGGCUAACUAUACAAACGAAAGCUUUUGUAGGGCAGUUGCGACAUGUGUUUCAGAACUGUGCGACAUUGAAAUGUUGGUAAAAGUCAUAAUUACUUUGUUCUAGUCAAUAUAAUUAUAUAGUAUUUAUGGUGUAAAAUCAGAGUUGCACUGUAUCUAUGUAUUACAUUAUGUAUAAAAUAUCCGCAAUUUGACAAUUGGAUACCUUCUUGUUUGGCACCAGUUAAACUGGGUCUAGUUGAGGACUUGGGUUGAGUUUAUAUUUUGUAGUACGGUAGGUACACUCCAUCAUAUUUAACUUUUUAGGGAAUUUGUCACUGUUCAAGUGUAGUAAUAUUGAUUGGUACUCAACCACAAUAAACUUAAUGUUAAUAGCUGGAUUUUAUUAAAGUUGCAAAGUAGUCAAACAUUUGUCAAACUUAUUUGUUGUUAAGACAAGAUUUAACUUAUUCUAGUCGUUGUGGAUUGUUAAAUACCUACAUAAUAAAUAUAGUAACGUAUUUAUUUUCCAUAGCUAUCAUAUUUACAAUACAUAUUUACAUUUUAGGUGUCAAAUAUAUUAAGCCAUUCAAUCAUUUUUUUAAUAUAACUUAAUAUAUUUCCUAAUUGGAGGAAUAAAUAACAAGCUACUUACAAAUACACUCAUACAUACAAUAAUAAAAUUAAUUCAUUAGUAUAAGAUAAUAUAUUCUAUUUUAACAGAGCAUUUCCACAAAUAUAUAUUUUCAUUACAAAAUAAAUCGACUAGCAACAAAUAGCAAUAUAAAUACAUAAGCUAUUUCAAUAGCUUUUCAACUUACCACAUACUUAUAAUAUGAAUUAUUAAGUACAUUCACAUGUACAAUAACUUUAUAAGUGUCUCGCAAUAAAUUCAUGCACUGGCAGCCUUCAUAACACUAAAUGUACAUACAAGAUUCAAAAGUUCAUAUAUAGAUAUAUAUUUACAUUCUUAUAAAGCUACUAUUUAUUCAACCAAAUAGUUUAUUUACUAAUCAAAUGAAGGAGAUGUGAUUCACAUAUUCGAUCGUCCAUUGGUCUGGUGCACUGUGCGAUGUUUGAAGUAUUUAUUACCGAGUAGGCUUCGUCCUCUGGGUAUUGCUCAAGGAAUUGACCUAGAAUUUAUAAACUGUCGUAGUUUGUAGCUGAGUUACACUUUUUGCAAUUAAGGGUCAAUUUCACUGCUUGCUGAUGAUGAGAAAAUUACGAUACUAUGCUAAAGAGCACCCGCUAUAUAUAUUUUCGGUUUGCUUCUACUAUUCAAUUUCUAACUGUAAACUCAACCAAGAAAGCGGUGAAACUGGCCGUUAAAUUUAUAUUUAAAUAAUAUACUAUGAGAGCAUAAUGGAAUACUUUCAUUAUAAUGUACUAUACUAUGAUAAAUAAAGUUGUUACAUCUUCGAAGGCGGGAGUAGGGAACUUUUUUCAUACCUAUCUCCUUACCGUUGUCGUAAAAUUAAAUAAAUAUAAGGAAAAUGUAGUUUUUAUCAUAAUAUUAUGUAAUUUAAGUACUCUAAUCUUCAUCUAAAUUCAAGCAAAAGUCGCGAUACACCUAUAUUCUACACAUUUUCAACUUGCUGUCAUAGCCCUUCUAAAUUUUGCUACCAUUUUACAACAUAUCAUUUAUUAUUUCAGAGUAUGUAUAAGUAGAUCUCGGCCUGAUCAGGUCCGAUUAUGAUUUAUUUUAAAUGAAUCUGGAUAUCUUCAUUUUCAGUACAACUGUUUAUAACAUAGAUAUUUCAAUAGUAGGCAGUAGAGUUUUAUGCAAGGUUGCGCAAAAGUGGUCACCUUUGUUCUUUUUACGGUUAUUCGUGGCCAUUCUCAUAAAAUUGACAGAAUAUGUUCUCUCAAUAUUAAUUAUUAAUCUUUGAGGGAUUUAUUACUCUGAAGAGCUUGUUCACAUACACCCAUGACUCCAAGAAACACAAGUCUGUCACUAAAAUGGAGCAUUUUGACGCUGAAGAUUCAGCACUGAUAUCCGCACAAAGAGAUUUUAGCCCCCCCUUAACUAUACUAAAGAAGUAGUACUUAUGUAUUUUAUAUCUGUCGAUUUCAUAAAUGUUAUAGCUGAUAUUACACGCCGAUUGCAUGCAAAAUUAUAGCUCAUCCUGAUGAGUAGAGUAGUGAGUUAGUGCAUUGAAUGACUUUUGCACCACCUUGUUAUAAUGUUAUAUCCAAGUAUGCAGAAUACCUACAUGGUUUUCAUAGAAUUGAAAGAAGAAUUUUACUUAAUAAUGUUGAAACAUUUAACUCUGUUAUGAAAUAAUUAUAUAGUACGAAGAUGUAUUUUAUUCAAUUCAAUAUUUAAUAUGUAAUAGAAUUCUAUCUGUUAAAUAAAUUAAAUUAAAGUUUUUAUAAUCUCA